AUGUGAAACUCCCAUUGAUUGAUCUCCACUACACUCCCCGCUGACUAGAGAAAACACUCGAUAGCGAAUGCGAGAGGGGAUUUAAAUUAGACAUAUAUUGUCCACCUCACUUGACGGACAAGGUAGCUGUUCGCUUUGUCAUGUAGAUAGGAUAUUCUCUAUUAGCACUGCUUACCGACCAGCCUGACAUUGACACAGAGCGACGCUCGCUAGCUCGUAAUGUCGGCACUGUUGGACUUGUUUUCCCCUCUAGACCUCGCUUCCUGUUAGCCUUGGGCUAGCUGGAAAAUCGAAUUUAUGCUAAUGAACAAGCAGGUAUAGUUAGCCGACGCAAAGGGGUGUAACUUUUCUGCUUACAGUAGGCAAUCCGUUGCGAUUUACUUCUAAUUUAUUGGCAAACUUAUGCUAAUAACUUUAUUUUACAAGCAGCUACCGGGACAGCUGGUUUUCUUUAGUUUGCUAACGCUUUACAGCUAGCCAUCUUGCCUAUGUUUUGUGUUGUCGGAUUGAAGUAUUUUAUUUGGCUGGCUUUUUUGUGGUAUAGGGCAAGCUGUUAUUUUCAGUUGUUUCUAAGUAUAAGUGUCGGCAGUGGUCUCACUUAUUUAAGACUUUAAUUUCGUGGGACCACUGCUUAUAAAAUACUUUUGUUUAAUGUGGGAAAGCCCGACCUUUCGCUGUGAAAACACAAAAGGAGAAAAUUGUUAAACCGUUGUUCUAGUAACGAGGACAGCACUGAUGAUAAUUAAGAGAUAAACCCGCGUUUUGUUAUACCGCAUGCUGAUUUAGUAUUUUUUAAUACUUAUGGUGAUAAGAAAAUAAGGGGUUUUCGUCAAGUUGAGCGGAAUCGAUAGCAAAAGGGGGGGAAGAGUGGAUGGAGUCGAUGCAGAUGGUGCUUGUGCGACAUAUGAAGGCUAUGCUUACUUGAACCUGCUGCCUUCAGGUGUCUCGUUUAAUUAAAACAAUAGCUUUAAUGCCUCAGAAAACACUCGUAGUAACAGGUGAUCGUCAGAGGUAACUGGGCGGGUAGAGCGACACGGAGAAGCGGUCUGAAGAGCGAGGUACCUGCCCGUACACCACAUCGUACAUCCACCGCCGCCCUCGUCCUUUUCUAGCUAUGGACCCCCCGAGGACUCGGUCGCGGUCUCGGUCUGGUUUCUUUCAUUUUGCCAUGAACGGCAGCGUUGGAAGCAACGGCAGCGGUAACUCGGUCGGUAACGGGGGUUUGGUGAACGCCAGCGGCGGAGGAGUGAACUACCCGCAGCAGAGCAACUCUAGCUGGGCGCCGCACCACGGAGGUCGUAGCUACCCGGAGAACCAGCAGCAGCACACCCAGGGGAGCUACCUGUCCGCAGGGGCGCAGCGCCAUUCUUCGCACGGAGCUCACAGGCAUCCUGGAGCCGGAGGAGUGCUACAUUUUCAUCCAGAUAAUGUGUGUGGCGAGGAUCGGGACAAAAUGGAAGACAGCCCAAGCCCGAAAAGGCAGCGUCUCUCCCAGCAGUCCAUGUUAGAUUUAAACUCCGCCCCACCCUCUACUCCUUCAUCUCCCAUACGGCCCUGGGAGCUGCCUCCUAGUCGCAGACCACACCCCCACUACAUGCCAGAGAGAUGCCACACACCCCUUAGAAACCGUCGCAGCCCUCCAAUGAGACGUCAGCGUGGCCGGAGAGACCGUCUGACCCGCCACCACCACCACCAUGCACACAACAACAACCAUCACCACUACAACAGCAACAACAAUCACCACCACCACCAUCACCCCAGUGCACAUCAUCACCACCACCACCACCACCACCUGCACUCCCACAAUGGCCCAUCACCAGGCCAUCAGGAUGAAAACUACCGCCAUCCAGCUCCUCCUCAGGGUUACCCGCCCUACAGCCAGCAGCCUCCUCGAGGGCCUGGGGCAGGGCCCGGGCCUGGGCCUGGGCCUGAAGAACGCCCUGGGUACCAUCCCCCAAAUCCCUCCCCAAGGCCUCUUCACCAGUCUCCAAACCUGUCUCCCAGGCUGAUGCACCCUGCAGCCCAUCCACAGCACCCACACGCCCACCCUUCCCAGCAACAGAGUAGUGUGGUGCUGGACCUUCAUGAGCAGGGUUCAGCUCCAGUCUCGUAUCCUGUGACUCCACCGGGAGCACCACCAGGCCUGCCACCUCGCUCUGCCCCACAGCAGAUCCCAGCAUGCUCUGUGGUCUUCAGUGGUCAGCACUAUCCUGUUUGCAGUGUCCCCCCUCCUGUUCUUCAGACCUGUUCUGUGCAACACUUACCCAUGCCCUACCCAUUCCCAUCACUGUUGUCCAGUGAUCCAGCCUUCCUGCUCCCCCCACCUCAUCUCACCCAUACUCCCACACACCUUUCUCACCAUCCACCUCAUUUGCCACAGCCUGGACAGUUUGGACCAUAUCCAGCACAGCAGGCACGAUCGCCAUUACAGAGGAUAGAGAAUGAUGUGGAGCUACUUGGAGAGCAUUUGUCUUUGGGUGCUGGGCUUCACUAUCCUCCUGCCACCCACCCUGCACUCACUCCACACUCCACACAACUCCACUUUCUCUCCCAUGACCCCCUGCCACAGGAAUUCUUUGGAGUGUCCUAUCCAAACUUCAUUCCUCGGCGUCUCCCGGGGCGACGGUACCGCGCACAGCAGCUGCCACCUUCACCUUAUCACCCCAGCCUCCUGCCUUACUUCCUAUCAAUGCUGCCAGUCCAGCCUACAGGUCCUGCAAUCAGUCUAGAGCUGGAUGUAGAUGAUGGUGAAGUGGAAAAUUAUGAGGCCCUCCUGAAUCUCGCUGAGCGCUUGGGAGAGGCUAAACUCCGAGGACUGACCAAGGGGGACAUAGAACAGCUUCCUUCUUAUCGAUUUAAUCCAAAUAACCAUCAGUCUGAACAAACACUGUGUGUGGUAUGUAUGAGUGAUUUUGAAUCCCGUCAACUGCUAAGAGUUUUGCCCUGCAGUCAUGAGUUCCAUGGAAAGUGUGUCGACAAGUGGCUGAGGGCCAACAGGACGUGCCCUAUUUGUCGAGCAGAUGCCUCAGAGGUCCAGAGAGACUCGGAGUGACCACACGAGGGAGCCAGACACUCCUUAAUGUCUGUCAGACAUGUUCAGCACUGCCUACUCCCAGUGUAUUGAUGCAAAAGUGCGUGCUCACACACACAGACACACACACACUCGCACCAUAACCUUAUAAGUUUGUGCAGCAGUCUGUUCUCCUUUGUUCUUUUCAUUCUUUGCCAAAAAUGUUGCAGCUCUCGUACAUCUGUCAUUUUUCAUUGGAUGACAUCCUCUCGCACUUUUCUCUCAUGCAGAUGCACAUAAGUCCUCCAGUUUCUCCCGCUGUAGUGUUUUUGUGUGUGUGUAUACACAUGCAUGCACCACAAUUGUGCAAGCAUUAUUGGGCCCACUCUUUAAUGCAGGGCUGUGGUAUAUGUGUGUGUGUGUGUGUGUGUGUAUGUGUGAGAGAGAGAUUUUUUUUUUUUUUUUUUUAGAUGUCCUAAAGUAUGUCUGAGUAUUCUGUUGACAAGUGAAACGAUAUGAGAGUUUUUGCUCUCAUGUGUGACUGACUUUACUUCCUGUUUGUACGUUUAUGCACUGUCUGUAUGCAUACUGUGUGUAUGUAUGUUAUAGACUUAAACCUUCUCUAGUUUGACACUAAGGGUCCAUGCUGCCACAAUAGUUCUCGGUUGCCUAUUUGUUCAGUACAUUAUUAUUAUUAUUAUUCUUCAUCUGUUUUAUAAGUGAUCAUUUUCCUGCCUUGCGGUUACCUCAUCAUUCCGGUUUUGAUCAUCUUUCAUUAAAAGUGCUUCACAGCACUACUUUGAAAUUAAGCACAUGUAUUUUUCUUUUCCUUUUUUUUUUUUUUUUCCUUAGCAAAAAUAAGUUUGUCUGUG